CGACCAUUAGUCCACGACCACCCUACGAUCUCUGGAGUCAUCCUCGCGACACAAAGCUACUUGUUGCAUGCGCACAUAGACAACGAGCCUCGCUGAUGCUUGUCAAUGCCCCCGCCUACUGUCGUCGACCCAUGGUUUUCCUCGCGCCGCUUCGGAGUUGUCAUAGACGCAGGCUCGUCAGGGUCGCGCCUGCAAAUAUAUAGCUGGAAGGAUGCGCGCACCGUCCGCCAAGAGCAAGGUCCAGAUGCGCUACGAACUUUGCCCCAGGUUGGGAAGGGGACGGAGAACGGAGAGGAAUGGUCUCUGAAAGUCGAGCCAGGUCUUUCGUCGUUCGCGGACGAUGUAGAUGGUAUAGGGGCGUACCUCGCGCCGUUACUUGAACAUGCAAGGACACACAUUCCCCCGUCUCUGCAACCUGACACCCCGCUGUUCCUUCUGGCUACGGCAGGAAUGCGUCUUCUCACUCCCGGAAAGCAGGCGCAGGUUCUCACUUCCACGUGCCAGUUCCUCAAGUACCACUCCAACUUCAAGAUUGAUGAUCCCUCACCGAAUGGACCGUGCGGCUCUAGUGUUCGUAUCAUCACGGGCGAGGAGGAGGGGUUGUUCGGAUGGAUAGCCGUCAACUACUUGAUGGACGGAUUCAACGGUUCGGAUGACACUCGUUUGACUUAUGGUUUCCUGGACAUGGGUGGGGCCUCCACGCAGAUCGCAUUCGAACCGAGCAAAGAGGAGCAGGAGCGGGCGAAAAAUCUCCUAGACGUUAGGCUACGUCUCCUUGACGGUAACGAAAUCCACCACAAAGUGUUCGUCACCACAUGGCUAGGCUAUGGUACGAACCAGGCGCGGGAGCGCUAUGUUGGGCGACUCAUCAAUGAGUACGAGGCCAGCCGGGCACUUUCUACCGACUCAGAGGAGCACAUCGACGACCCUUGUCUCCCGAAGGACCUCGUCGUCUCGAACACACCUGUGCAGCCGGACUCUGCAUCCGCACAUGCCAAAAACACUCACAAGUUCGUCGGGACGGGGUCCUGGGAGCAGUGCCUAGAGAAAACGCUCCCUCUACUGAACAAAGACGCCCCCUGUCCGGAUUCUCAUUGCCUGUUCAAUGGCGUGUCCGUGCCGGUCAUAGACUUCAAGGCGUCACGCUUCAUUGGCGUUUCUGAGUACUGGUACUCGACGGAGCAGAGCUUCGGGCUUGGUGGGGCCUACGACUUCGUACAGUACGAGCGCGCGGCGUCCGAAUUCUGUGCUCAGGAUUGGACCCGCAUCCUCGGGGAACACGAGGAGGCGCGGAAGAAUGGACAAGGACGUCUCGGCGGCGAUGGUGAGGUCGAGGAAGGUGGAGUCAUCGUCGACACAGGCAAGUGGGGGCUAGACGUGGAGAUCCCGCGGCUGCAGAUGCAAUGCUUCAAGGCAGCAUGGAUCGUGAACGUCCUGCAUGAGGGAAUUGGGGUGCCCCGCAUUGUCGACGUAGGAGGGAAUGUCACCACCGGUGGAGAGGAGGUCACAGCUCAGGCACAAACGAAAGGUCUCGGUCGACCGUCUUUCCAAUCGAUGGACAGUGUCGGCGACAUCGCGAUCAGCUGGACGCUGGGCAAGAUGGUCCUUGAAGCCAGCAGAGAAGUCCCUGCGGCGUCUGCAGGGGCCAAACCCAUCGUAGAUCCCCUCGACGAUAUUCCCGACAUUUCGACAUCGCCUGUCCAACCAAUUCGACCUCCGUUCUUGGAUUUCGACGCGAUCGAGGACAGCAUAUCCCACCACUUGCCGCCUUCCCUGACUCGACACCAGCUCGGUUUCUCCCCUGUCGCAUUCGUCUUCUAUCUGUCCAUCUGCGCGCUCUUCAGCGCAGCCUUAUACCGCCUGCGCCACCGCAUACGAAGCACCGUCCGACGCUUCGUGAAUAAGCGUGACCGCUCGUACCUCGCGGAGGGUUACAUGAUGGAAGAAGGCCUGUCACUCACGGGCGGCCCGCCGCCCUCGCCCUCGCGGUCAGCGUCAGGUUCCCGAUUAUCCCUGAGCAACAUCAUCCAGCCUAUCCAACGUUUAGCCUCCAAAACAGGGUUCCGCUCAUCGCGCCCAUCCCCGCUCAGCAUCAGCAGGGAACCGUCCCUACGAUCUGGACAGUAUUCCCCCGUCCGGGUCUCACCCCUGCGGUCGUUCUCUUUCCCUAUCGCCCAGGCACAUAGCAGCCUUGCUCCGCACGAUGAGCCUAACGGCACGGCCACCGCAUUUAUCCCGAGCUCACCGCGCCUUCCGGACGGGAGUUUCAUGUCGAACGGCAGCGUGUCGUCACUCCAGUCGCGAUCCCGGAAUUCCUCCAACGUCAACCUCACGUCACUCGCACCUCGGCAGGCCGCGUCACGGACGAUGAGCAGUGGUCAUCAUGUACUCUCAGCGUCUUAUCAUGACGAGUAACUCGUAUACCUUCCCCAUUGUCUCGAAUACCGAUCAUAUCUUAUUGCGACGGACUAGGUCAUGUUAUCAACAUGUAGCGUAUGGCGUAUGUGCUAAUUAUCGGUUGAUCUUUCGUGGUCCCCACGUAACAAUAUAUAGCAUUGCC